AUGAAUGCACGCCGGGCCCUACUCUCCGCCGCCUUGUUCGCCAGUCUCCUCUGGGAUUUACCUUGCUGCCUCCCGGCUUCCCUCCCCGCCGCCUCGGAGCUCGCCGCCUCCUCCAAAGGUGGUCGCAGCCGCAGGGUGCCGCGGUCUCCACGAGAGAACCGCCCGCGGCAAGGGGGACACGCCAUGGGCCGGGCGCUCCCACGGGCAGAACCCCACGAGUACAUGUUGUCUCUGUUCAGGACUUACUCCAUCGCGGAAAAACUGGGCAUCAACGCCAGCUUUUUUCAGUCGUCCAAGUCCGCCAACACCAUCUCUAGUUUUGUAGACAGGGGACGAGACGAUCUCUCGCCCGCUCCCUUGAGGCGGCAGCAGUAUGUGUUUGAUGUGUCGACCCUCUCGGAGACGGAGGAGCUCGUGGGGGCCGAGCUGCGCCUGUUCCGCCGGCCCCCCCGCGGCCGCCCGCCGCCCGCCGCCCCGCUGCAUGUGCAGCUCUCCGCCUGCCUCUCGCCGCGGCCCCUGGACUCCCGCGCCCUGGACCCGCGGGCGACCUCGGCCGCCGGCUGGGAGGUGUUCGACGUGCGGCAGGGCCUGCGGGAGCAGCGGCCCUGGAAGCGGCUGUGCCUGGAACUGCGGGCCUCUGCGGACCGCGGGCCGCGGCGCUGGCUGGACCUGCGAGGCCUGGGCUUCGGGCGGCGUCCCCGGCCGCCGCAGGAGCGGGCGCUGCUGGUGGUCUUCACCCGCGCCCGGCGGCGGAGCCUCCUCGGGGAGCUGCGCGCCGAGCUGGGCGCUCCGCCGCCGCCCGCUGCCCGCCGUCCGCCGCCCCGGCGCCAGCGCCGCGCCGCCUUCGCCAGCCGGCACGGCAAGCGGCACGGCAAGAAGUCCCGUCUGCGCUGCAGCAAGAAGCCGCUGCACGUCAACUUCAAGGAGCUGGGCUGGGACGACUGGAUCAUCGCCCCACUGGAGUACGAGGCCCACCACUGCGAGGGGGUCUGCGACUUCCCGCUGCGCUCCCACCUGGAGCCCACAAACCAUGCCAUCAUCCAGACCCUCAUGAACUCCAUGGACCCCGGCUCCACGCCGCCCAGCUGCUGUGUCCCCACCAAACUGACUCCCAUCAGCAUCCUCUACAUCGACGCCGGCAACAACGUGGUGUAUAAGCAGUACGAGGACAUGGUGGUGGAGUCCUGCGGCUGCAGGUAGCAGGCGGGACGCCCCUCGGCGGCAGCCGGGUCUGCGUCUGGCGGAGGAGCG